GUAAUGGAGCUAGUAUCGAUCUGGGGUCCGCUGAUCUACGCAGGCUGCUUCGCGGCCACCCUUUCCUCAGCCAUCGCUUCUCUCGUGGGUGCCCCCCGUGUGCUACAGGCCCUCGCCAAGGACAGACUCUACCCCGGCAUCUUCGUGUUCAGUAUCGGUUACGGCGCCAACAACGACCCUGUCAAUGGAUACUGUCUGGUAAUGGAGCUAGUAUCGAUCUGGGGUCCGCUGAUCUACGCGGGCUGCUUCGCGGCCACCCUCUCCUCCGCCAUCGCAUCACUCGUGGGUGCCCCGCGCGUGCUGCAGGCCCUCGCCAAGGACAGACUCUACCCCGGCAUCUUCGUGUUCAGUAUCGGUUACGGCGCCAACAACGACCCUGUUAAUGGAUACUGUCUGGUCUUCGUAUUAUCUCUAGCCUGCAUUAUGAUCGGUGACUUGAACGCGGUAUCAACACUUCUCAGCAACUUCUUCCUGGCAUCCUACUGCCUUAUCAACUUUUCCUGCUUCCACGCGUCGCUCAUCAAGAGCCCUGGCUGGAGGCCAUCAUUCAAGUAUUACAACUUGUGGGUGAGUCUGUUCGGUGGCUUGUUGUGCCUGGUUGUGAUGUUCCUCAUCGACUACAGAACGGCACUUGUCACCUUCCUCGUCACGAUCGGCCUAUACUUGUUCGUCUCCUACAGGAAACCAGACGCGAACUGGGGAUCUAGUACGCAGUCAGCCUCGUACGUGUCAGCCCUGAAGGCGACGCUGACGCUGCAGACCGUCGACGACCACAUCAAGAACUACCGUCCCCAGGUCCUUGUCAUGACAGGCAGACCCAGCAGUAGACCUCCUCUACUCGACUUUGCCAACCUUAUCACCAAGAACCUCAGCAUGCUGGUCUGCGGUGAAGUGUCCAAGGUGAGUAGACCCAGUGUGAUGAGGUCAGCAUAUGCAAACAAGUGCAACGACUGGCUCAUCGAGAAGAAGUACAAAGCUUUCUAUAAUCUCGUGGUGGCCAACUCUCUGGACGAAGGAGCCGCAAGCCUCUUCCAGCUUGCCGGUUUGGGCAAACUGAAGCCCAACAUCGUCCUUCUAGGCUUCAAGAGCGACUGGAACGUGUGCAGCAAAGAUGAACUCUCUGCGUACCUCAACACUCUGCAUGCGGCGCUGACCAUGCAGCUGAGUCUCGGCAUCCUACGUCUGGCCAAAGGAACUGAUUACUCCAAUGUUAUAGCUGAGGAUUCAUCCAACAGCCUUGACGAGGUUGCUGAUCAAAAUGCUCGAGAAGCCAGCGACGCAAGUCGCAAGGAAUUCGAGGCGUUGAUAGAGCAAUUCAAGACCACCGCCAGCAAUGCUGACGACGGCGUGUCCAUCACAGCGGAGGAGUUGGCCAGUCAGAAGGACAAGAUCAACAGACACAUCAGGUUGAGGGAGCUGCUCAAAGAGAACUCGAGGGCGGCUAAUCUCAUCAUAAUGACACUACCCAUGCCCCGCAAAGGCCACGUGUCAGCGUCACUCUACAUGGCGUGGCUGGAGUACAUCAGCAGAGACAUGCCACCCUUCCUCUUCAUCAGGGGCAACCAGCAGUCCGUGCUUACAUUCUACAUGAUCUUGUCUAUGAUUGGUGCGGCGCUGACCAUGCAGCUGAGUCUCGGCAUCCUACGUCUGGCCAAAGGAACUGAUUACUCCAAUGUUAUAGCUGAGGAUUCAUCCAACAGCCUUGACGAGGUUGCUGAUCAAAAUGCUCGAGAAGAUGGCAUAUCCAAAGGCGGGUCCAAAAAGCGGAAGUUCUCCUUUUCUGACGCUUACACCGGCCCAGGGGGAGUCAAGCUACCCAGAGACGUAUUGGACGGCAUCACCACAUUCAAGCGCAAGCAAGACAAAGGCACCAUAGAUGUGUGGUGGCUGUAUGACGAUGGGGGCCUGACACUCCUACUCCCCAACAUCCUAAUUACUCGCGCCAAGUGGAGCAGCUGCAAACUACGCAUCUUCGCCCUCGCCAACCGCCGCGACGAGCUCGACAUGGAGCAGCGCAGCAUGGCCAAUCUCCUCCACAAGUUCAGGAUCGACUACAGUGACGUCAUCGUCAUCCCGGACGCCAUGAGGAAAGCCAGCGACGCAAGUCGCAAGGAAUUCGAGGCGUUGAUAGAAAAAUUCAAGACCUCCGCCAGCAAUGCUGACGACGGUGUGUCCAUCACAGCGGAGGAGCUGGCCAGUCAGAAGGACAAGAUCAACAGACACAUCAGGUUGAGGGAGCUGCUGAAGGAGAACUCGAGAGCGGCCAACCUCAUCAUAAUGACACUACCCAUGCCGCGCAAAGGCCACGUGUCGGCGGCACUCUACAUGGCGUGGCUGGAGUACAUCAGCAGAGACAUGCCACCCUUCCUCUUCAUCAGGGGCAACCAGCAGUCCGUGCUUACAUUCUACAUGUAG